AUGAGUGGAGGGGGAAUGGAGUCCAUAGCAAGGCCAACUACUAAUGUUGGAGGAGUUGGUGGUGGUGGAGGCAGUGGCGGCCCAACCAACAGCCACCACGCAAGGAAGCGGUGUGGUUUUCAAAUGCCGUUACAUUAUCCCAAGUACACCCGAGCAGAAUAUGAGGCCAUGCCGGAGUGGAAGGUCGAUUGCCUUCUCGCUAAAUAUGGGCUGCCGGUGACCGGAGAUGUGAACCAGAAGAGGAAGUUUGCCAUGGGAGCUUUCUUGUGGACAUUUUGAACAAAUGGAAUAUGUGAAUAUGGAAGUGCUUAUUUUCAUCAAUGGCUUUAAUUUGGCAGUUCGGUUUGUUUUUUCUUCGUUAAUUUCUUUAGUGGAUCAAAU